GAUCACGCGACUGCGGGAGAUGAAAGGCCGACUCGAGAACGUGCAAAGGCGUGACUUAGAAACGCUCAUGAGACAGGUUCGAAAGAGCAUUCCCGAAGGAUUGUCGAAAGUCAGUCCUAAGAUCACAGAAGCCACGACCAUCAAAACUCUCGCGGGAGCCCGAUCGGGAGAGAUGGGGAAGGUUAAGGACGUGCUGAAGGCGAUGCUUCCGAUAUUAACACCUUCAGAAGUGAGAAGAUUCCACUUACUACCUCAUGAAGCGAUCAUUGAUGAACUCGAAGAAGGCGACUAUAAGGAAUCGAUCGGAUAUUUGAAAGAAUUAUUCGAACUCGACGAGGAGAUUCGUAGAAAGGCUGGUCCUGGUACCCGAAUAUGGGAGAAACCGCGCUUAAAGAAGAAUAAGAACGCGAUGUCACAUCUCAGAGGUGGUUUGAUCGCUGUCGAGCAAGCCAAAAAUGCCGGUAGCGAAACCAUUUGUUUUCAAAAUGGAGACAAUAUUUCUGCGGUAGCAGAAUUUCUGAAUAUGGCGCUGUCUUUUCAAGCAAUGACUUGGGAAUGGUGGUGGGUGGCGGAACGACUUUAUCGUAGCGCUCUGGAGAACGCUGAACUAGUCGAGGAUGACAGACAGCAGACGAGAAUUUUCGUACGCUAUCUGUACGGCCGAUUUCUAUUCGAGCAAAAUCUAAAAAUACUAAUACAAUUAUAUUCGCGCGGUACAAUCUCAGUACAGGAUACGACAGGAUCACUGUAUCACUUAAACAUCGCACGUGAAGCGUCUCAGAAGAAGCCAUGGAAUGCGUCGAAGAUAACUGGUCGAAAAGAAGAGACCAUCUUUCGAGAAUGCAACGUGCUUUUGUACAAAGUAUUACUAAUGCACGCGCAACAAGUCGGCUACGAUCAACCGGACGUCGCUGUGAAAGCGUACACCGAAGCUCUCGCACGAGCGACGGACUCUGGACAUUACGAAUACACGGCAAACGCUCUGUACGAGCUGGGGAUGAGUCAGUUGCGAUCCGGCGACGUGAAACUCGCCUUCCAGAACUUCUCCAAGUUCAUGGCGAUGACUAAAAGAAUCUCGGACCCAGAGGGGAUUUGCAACGCGCACAUGGCGAUGGCACUUACGUAUAAGUUAGGUGAAUUGAACGACGACAUAAACACGGAGAAGCACCUCCGUCUAUUCAUGACAAGUGCAAUCGAAUCUGGACUCACGAGAAGAGUGGCACAGGCGCACUACUGCACAGGCGAGCAUUUUUUGAAUAAGAGGAUGUUAGAUAUUGCCACCUUGCAUUUGGAAAAAUCCUUUGAGAUGUAUAACAAACUCGGUUUAUGCAACGAUGCUGAUAAAGCGCGAGCUCUUGCCGGAGUCUCGAAAGGACAAGAAAUCAUCGAUCAAUAUAUCCAUCUUGUUCGUCAAUGCGGAGCUGCCGAUCCGGAAGCAAUAACGGUGCUCUGUCAAUGGAAAAAUCGUAGAAGCGUUUUUUUGGAUUGAGCAAAAAGAGAAGCUACACGUUGGUGAGAGACAACAUUUAUCAACCAAGUCUUAAUUAAAUAAAAUCAUUACAUAAGUUCGUCUCUUGCAAUUCUUAAAUGUCUUGAGUACCGCGUCUUGAUACGCACAUUAUAAGUAAAUAUCAAUAUUAUUACACAUUUCAGAAGGUUCAAAAAAGCUUGAUAAAAAGGAAACCAGAGAUGACGUCUCAUAGUCGCAAUCUGCUCUUAACGAUGUGACAUGUUUUGUAAUAAACAGUACUCGUAUAAUGCUAAUUACAUCAAUACGGUCGAACGUCUUUGUAUACUUUAU